AUGAAGAAUAUCUCAGUGGUGGCAGAAUUUCUUCUCUUGGGUUUUUCUGGCCCAUCGAGGCUUCAGUUUUUACAAUCUGGGAUCUUUGUAGUGAUCUACCUGUUGGCCCUAGUGGGGAAUGGCCUCAUUGUCACCAUAGCAUCCUUGGAUCCCUGCCUGUGCACACCCAUGUACUUCUUCUUAAAGAAUCUGUCCCUUUCUGAUGUUUGCCUCAUGUCUUCCACUGUGCCCAAAACUGUUGCCAACUCCUUGACCCACAUCAAUUCCAUCUCAUUCUCUGGCUGUGUCAUGCAGGUCUUCCUGGUGCCUUUUGCCGCAGUGGCAGAGCUGUUCCUGCUCACAGCGAUGUCCAUUGACCGCUAUACUGCCAUCUGCCAUCCUCUGCACUAUGAGCUCAUCAUGAACAGGGGCCUGUGUGUGCAUAUGGUGACUCUGUCCUGGCUCAGCAGUGGCUUGAUAUCCAUUAUACAUACAGCAGGAACCUUUUCCCUAACUUACUGUGGGCCCAAUGAAAUCCAGCAAUUCUUUUGUGACAUUCCCCAGUUGUUAGCUAUUACUUGCUCAGAGAAUGUAACUGCAGAAAUCGUGCUCAUUCUUAUUAAUGCAGUCUUGGACUUAUGUUGCUUUAUCUGCAUCAUAAUCUCAUACAUAUACAUCUUCUCCACUGUCAGAAAGAUUCCAUCCACAGAAGGACGGUCAAAAGCCUAUUCCACUUGCCUCCCACACCUGGUAGUGGUUGUACUUUUUCUCUCAACUGCUUUUAUUGCUUAUCUGAAACCUAUCUUAGGGUCUACAUCGGUCACCGAUCAUGUUCUAUCAUCUUUCUAUAUUUUCAGCUCUCAUUUCCUAAUCGUUCAUUGUCUUCCAGGCAUGACAGGAGCCAUGGAAAAAGCAAACGGCACUCCAGGGGUGAACUUCAUUCCUCUAGGGCUCUUCAACCACACUCCGGCCCACCAGCUCCUCUUCUCCCUGGUGCUCACGAUCUUCCUCAGCUCCCUGCUGGGCAACGGCCUCAUGAUCCUGCUCACCUUCCGGGACCCCGGGCUGCACACCCCCAUGUACUUCCUGCUGAGCCAGCUCUCCCUCAUGGACCUGAUGCUGGCGGCCACCACUGUGCCCAAGAUGGUUGAUUAG